ACAGACGAUACAACACUCAGUAUUUCUAACUGGUUUUGCCAUGGUCGAGUGACCGGAUGCUACUUUUCCUAAAUUAGACCUCCAACAAUGUCUCCUAAGAGAUGAUUAUUGUCUUUGAAUGAAGAAGUGAAUCGAAGUCAAAAAGACUUUUUUAUUGUUCUUUAUUUUUUGUUUAAAAGAAACAAGAGGGACCCAAGUGGCAAACUAAAGGUUGUAAUAGCGAAUUUGUAUUAUGACAAUUCCCGAUAAGGGAAGAAAUAUAAAAAACAAUAACCGAAACUCACUCUCUUAUAAUCCGGCUCGAAGGAUCAAAAAUUUAAAUAAUGAAUGAGAUGAAGGUUAAGUGUACGAAACUGAAUUCGUUAUAAUUACUUUCGAAGCAUUUAUAUAUGUAUUUCUCCAUGUCCAAUUUUUAGAGAAGCUGCACUAGUUCUUCAUUCAACAAUUUUGAAUAAUAUUAAUAUUUACUCACUAUAAUAUACCUAUCACUGAAUUUAACAAAACUUUUCCACAGUUAUUUGAUUUGAGACAAUUUAAACAAUUUUAGAGUUUGUGUUAGACGACGAUGGAACUGACUUUGAAGAUUUUUAUGAACUGAUUGAAUUUAUUACUCAUACUCCGGGAGUAAUAAUGAUUUUGAAGGAAGAUGAAGAAUGGAUAUCGAAAAUUUCUUCAUCCCAAGUUAGAGAAACUGAAGUACUGCAAUCUUCUAUCAUAAAGGAUGAGGUAACAAUAACAACUGAAUCUCCAACACCAUCUACUUCUAACAGUACCUUAACUAAUGAAGAACCUUGUAUGACACCACUAAAAUGGCAAAAUAUUACGCCAAAGGGUUUUAAUGAUGUUCCGUACAAUUCAUGUUCUAAAGAGCUUCAAUUAAUAAGAAAUGUUGCAGAUUUUAUGAUAGAAGUAAAGACCACAACUUAUUCAGAUGCCUUGCGUAUGGCUAAAGAAAUAGUUACUCGUUUUCCUAAGGCUUUUGAAAAACGAACCUGGAAAAAUGGCGAGGAUUCUAUUUAUUCUGAUGGAAUAGACUCUCUUAGGACUAGGAUUUAUGAACGUUUGAAAUUUCUAAAAACAAUCAGCAAAAAGCGCAAAAGGAGUGAGUCAAUAGAUAAUGCAGAGGAGCUGGAAACCCGGAAAAAAACCAAAACAUCAAGAUAUGGUCAUAAUCAAGACUGCUAUGGCUGUGUCGCAUUUGAGCCAUCCCUUUCUGAAAAUGAAACUGAUGAGUCCCAAUUAAGCAAGAAGAGUAUUUUGUUAAAUUACAAAAGAUCAGAUGAAGGUACAUCAGAAGAAAUAGAGUCAUUAAUGAGUGACACUUAUCCAUCACAAAGAAUAAUGAUAAAUAAAAGAGAUGUACAUAAAAUAGUUCUGGAGGAUAUUUUAAGAAAUCAUUGGCCUUACCUAACGGAAAAAAAGUAUUUUCUUUCGCAUGCCAACACUUUGCUUGGACAAAAUAUUAAAGAAGUUUGGAAUAAGAAUAUACAAUUAAAGAUUCCAGAAAUAAUAGUUUUUUUUAGAAGCUAUUGUGGACAAUUUAAUAAAAAAAAAUCUUUUCCUGAGGCUGUUGCACCAAUGAAAGAUAUUUUAAGUGAGGCAAAGAAAGCAAAUGAAAAUCUCGCUAGUAAUAUGGCAAGUACAUUAGUUUUUUUGCCUCUUAUUGCAAAAAAGUUUAAAGAGGAUGAGCUCUACAUUUUAGUUGAUUCUUUUGCUACUGAAGAUAAAAUCAAGGACAAAGCAGAUUCAAUACGCCCAUCAUUAAUAAUAAAAGGAAACUCACUUUAUGAUGAAAAAUGCGAAUGUCUCAUUUUCAUUGAGAGGGAGAAAGUUUUAGAGGCCGAUACUGUAUUAGAGGGAGUUUUACUAUUAACACUUUGUUUCUAUGUUUUCGGAUAUAAUUACCCUGAAAGAAAAACAUCAUCUUUAGAGUUUGUCCAGAGAAUGCUGUUAGAUAUUAAUCCGACAGAAGGACACAAACGGUGGACAAAGAAGUCCACAAAAAUAUGCAGAGAUGCAAAGACGGGAAAAUUAAUCGACAACAUUGUUGAGUUCAAUUCCAAUUUUUAUACUCCAUAAAUUUAAUAUAUAUGU